AACUUAUAAAGAUCUGAACAUUGAGAAAGGGAAGCAUUAUUGUGGAAAAAUUUAAAUUACAAAAGUACCUAGUCGAAAGAUAAUUCCAAAGAUGAACUUGUUCUUUUGUUUGAUAGUCGUGUCAACAGUUACAAUUGAAAACAGUGAAGCUGAUAUAGAAGUUGACGAAACAAUUCUUCAGAGGAUAGUAACCGAUAUUUUGAAUAUACUUUAUCGUGCUCCGAUUUUCGAAAGAAUAACUUGUGAUUCCGUUAACAAUAGUUUAGUGAAUUUCGAUUUGUAUACUUCUCAAAACAAGGAUGAACCGGUUAUCCUUAGGGCAGGUGAAGUCAACAAUUUAACUCUAUUUAAUCCAUCGUUGGAAACGAAAUUAUUGAUACACGGCUGGAUUGGCAACGUAACUGAUUGGAUGCGAUUGGCAAAAAAUGAAUAUUUGAGAACCGGCGAUUAUAAUAUAAUUUUGCUAGAUUGGUCUGCAUAUGCUCUAAACAUGUAUUCUCAGAGUGUUUGUUUUCUUAAAGAAAUUGCCGAAAAAGCUGCUCAUUUGUUAAUUCAAAUUAGAGAUGAAGCUAAUCUUGAUUUCAAUAAGACGCAUGUAAUUGGUCAUUCCUUAGGAGGACAAAUGGCUGGACUAAUUGGGCAGAAUAUUGACAAACUCACGGGAGGUGAAAAAGUAUACAGAAUAACUGGCCUUGACGCUGCAGGACCAUUGUUUUGUUAUCCUGUUUUAGAAGAUAAUGAUAAACGAAUAACUUCCGAUGACGCUUACUUUGUCGAUGGUAUUCACACUUCCGAAGAAGAUUAUGGCUGCGACGAUCCUUAUGGGCAUGUAAAUUUUUACCCUAAUUGUGGUCGGACUCAAGCCGGUUGUGAAAGUACUAAUUUUACUUUUUCAAACAUUACUGGAAGUUUACAGAAUAUUUUUGAUAGAGUUAGUUGUAGCCAUCAAAGAGCACCUAUUUACUGGAUUGAAAGUAUUAAUUCUGAUGGUUUUGUGUCCGUAUUCUGUAGUACAUGUGCAGAAUAUAUUUUAGAAACGUGCGAAAGGGAUGAAAACAUUACUACAGAUAUCUGUAUUAUGGGAGAGCAUCUAUCAUUAUCUACUCCUAAAGGGAAAUAUUAUUUAAGCACAAGAUCCACGUGGCCGUAUGUAAUGAAUGAUGAUGAAUGAUCUUUUUAUCAAGACUGAUACUUAAUUAACUGAUUAUGUUGUAUAUCGAUCAGCUUUUUGUGAACGCUUUAAUUACUUAAUAUUAUAUAUCUAUUAAUCAAUUAUUGAAUAUUUAACUAGAGAACCAUUGGAUGUUAUUCAUUCAGAAGAUUAAAACAAAAAUGCAUAUUAAUUUUCUUUUUUGGGUCCGCUACGUGCUGUCCGUCUGAUUCCGACAUAUGUGCGCGCACCUUUAAAGCAUUAAUACCUGUUGAUUAUUUAAAUGAAAAACAAUAUUAAUGUAGUUGUAUGUAUAUUAUAAUUUAUGUUCACAGUCAACAAUUUUACAUAUAAUGGAACAAUUGAGGCUAAUCACAAUUUAAAGUUGAAAUAUAAAUGGCAACAUUUGUAUUUCGUAAUAACGUGGCAAUUACGAUUUAAAGCCUUUUUAAACAUAAUAGAAAUUGCUUGCAUGUAAUUGAAAAAUGUUGGCCCUUUUACCUAAUAAAAAUUGGAAAUUCGAUGUUUCAGCAA